AUGCAAGAGUUUUUAAAAGUUCAAGCUGAAGAUACCGAAACUGGACAACGAAAUUUAUUGUUAAAUGAUCGAUUUUGUAUUACACUUCUGCCAAUAGAUUUACCAACACGCUCACAUCGGAAUUGUCUUAAAUGUAGUCUUUUAUUCUAUAAUACACUGGCAUCAAUUAUUUUUUGUUCAUUUGAUUUUAUGAUGUUAGUAUUAGGCAUGAAAUAUAAUCAUUCAAAAUCAGACUGUCCCAUACAACCCUAUUUAGUACAAUGGUUAAUUCUAUUUGGUUCUGUAGGUGUCAUCAUUUGUGGUUCAGAUAUUCUCAUUGGUGUGUGUACAAUACAAAAUCGUCCAAACAUUAAUUUAUGUACAUAUUGUUUAUCACUAUUGAAAAUAUCCUGUUCAUUAAUAAGAAUAAUAUUAUUGAUUUUAGGCGCUAUACUUGUUUAUUCAAUUCGAAAUCAAGUUCAAUAUGAUUUAACAAUCGCAAAGGAAACCUAUUGUAAUAGAACAUUAUAUGAAUGGACAUGUGCAUUGAUUAUUGUACAAUUAUUCUUUUGGAUUUUAUCUGUUAUAGUUCAGUUAUGUUCACAAAUAUUUGCUAGUGGACGACGAAUAGAACAGAUAUGA